AUGGAGGAGUCGAACUCUGCUCGUUCAACGGAGGCCGCCGCCGGCGGCGCCCCCUACGGCGAGGAGGAAGCUCAGAAGAAGGCGGCGUCCAAGAGGAAGAGGAAUCCCCCCGGCAUGCCAGGUGAGGAGUCGGAGGAGACAUGGUUUGGGGAUCCGAUGAGGUUGUGCUGAUAUCUUGCCCCUUCUUGGUGUCGCUGUGUUCAGAUCCGGAUGCGGAGGUGGUAGCUCUGUCGCCGGAGGCGUUGAUGGCGACGAACCGAUUCGUCUGCGAGAUCUGCGGCAAGGGAUUCCCGAGGGAUCAGAACCUGCAACUCCACCGACGGGAGCACAACCUGCCGUGGAAUCUGCGGGGUUCCGGCGACAAGCCGCGCAAGCGGGUCUAUGUCUGUCCGGUGCCGACCUGCGUUUACCACAGCCCCGCUAGGGCACUCGGGGACCUCACCGGCGUCAAGAAGCAUUUCUUCAGGAAGCACGGAGGGGAGAAGAAGCACGAGUGCGAGCACUGCUCGAAGAAGUACGCCGUUCUCUCGGACUGGCAAGCCCAUAUGAGGGCGUGCAGCGGGUUCCCCGUGUUCAGGUGGCCGCCACUCCACCGUCGUAGACCUUCUUCUUCUCUCUUUAUGUCGAUUAACUCUUCCUUUGGGGAAUGCAGGAGAAAGCACAAGGAACCUUGCGGAGAAUCUGUGAAGGAUAGUUCCGAGUUAAACUCGGCUGCAGCGCUGGCGUCAGUUUCUUACGUGGGGACGCUUAAUGAGCAGAGGGGGGCAGCUGCUUCGCCUGUGAUGAACCCCGUCCUGCAGCUUCAGCAGGUGCCGGCAACCGUGCUGCAGCAGCAACAGCAAGGUCAGCUUGUGUUGGUGGGGUUUUUGCUGUUCUACGACUGUAGUCAACAACCUCAAGGCAGUACAGCGAUGGGGUAGCAGAUCUUACAGAGUCGCCAUAGCCUACGUAGCGAGUUGGCCCACCUUAUGUUUUCUCAGGGACAGGAUUCCCACUUAUGUAGCUGCCAACAAUCACCUUCUUCUUUGUCGGUGGUGAUGAGGGAGGGUUGCACAUAUUUUCUCAUUGGAUCCCCAUUUGAGAAGCUUGAAAAAUCUCCUUUCUUCGUCAGUGCUUCCAAAGAAGAAGAUGGAAGGUUCCAUCUGGUUUCUGGUCUUAAAGUGUGAUGUAGAUUAUGCACAUGACAUUAGGGUUCUCUCUUCAUGUGGGAAGAAAGAGCUUCUCUAAUCUCUACCUUCAUGAGAAAAAGAAAGAAGGGGGAGAUGGUGCUUUUCUCCCUGUAAUCUUCCCUUUUUCAUCGUCUGUCACCAGUUGCGAGGUGAUGAGGUUAUUUUUGCUAUGUACAUCAGAUGCAAAUGCAUCUUGAUGUAUAAUUUCUUCUGA